AGUCAAACCUAUUUAUGAAGACAUUCCACAUCUCUCAUUCACAUCUUUGCUUAUGGCACUGAACAAGAACCACUCCUACAACAACAAGCUUGGUAAUGAAGCUCUCCCACCCAUCAAAACCCAGGCUGGAACACUCCAACACCCACCACAACCUGCUUCAUCAGACUAUGCUUUUCCCAUAUUUGUCAUUGUUGUGCUCAGCAUCUUGGCCACUGUUCUGUUGCUCCUCAGCUACUUCACUUUUCUAACCAAAUACUGCUCAAACUGGCGCCAAGUUAACCCAAUGAGAUGGAUUUCCAUCCUUCGAGCUCGGCACGAAGAGGACCCCUUCAUAGCAUUCUCUCCUGCCAUGUGGAACCGAGGGCUUGAUGAGUCUAUCAUCAGAGAAAUCCCAACUUUUCAGUUCAUAAAAGGAGAAGAAGGUGAGGACCAAAGUGUAUAUGGUUGUGUGGUUUGUUUGACUGAGUUCAAGGAACAGGAUGUGCUAAAAGUUCUUCCCAAUUGCAACCAUGCUUUUCAUUUGGACUGCAUUGACAUUUGGCUUCAGACCAAUUCCAAUUGCCCACUUUGCAGAUCAAGCAUUUCAGGCAACACACACUGUCCAUUGGACCACAUCAUAGCACCAAGUUCUUCUCCUCAGGAUUCUCAGUUGCUCUCCAACAUGGGUAGUGAUGAAGAUUUUGUGGUUAUUGAACUUGGGGGAGAAUCUGGAGCAGUGAUACCACCGGUGCAACAAGAGAGGAAUGACUCAAGGGGAAGCUUGGCACAUAGAAACCACACUACAAGGAAGUGCCACCAUGUUUCCAUCAUGGGAGAUGAGUGUAUUGAUAUCAGGAAGAAAGAUGACCAGUUUCUGAUUCAGCCUAUUAGAAGAUCUUUCUCAAUGGAUUCAGCACAUGAUAGACAAACUUACUUGGAUGCUCAAGUCAUUAUACAACAAAAUAGACUUCAGAAUGAGGCUAGUGCUAGUGAGGAUUGUAAUAGCAGAUGUCGAAGAGCAUUCUUCCCGUUUUGCUAUGGAAAGGGAUCCAAAAAUGCAGUUCUUCCUUUGGAGAAUGAUGUUUAAUUUGAGAUGAUUUUCCUUUUUUUCUUUUUUUUUUUAUUUUUCCCAUCUCUUUCGUUUUUUGGACAAAAUUUAGAUGCAGUUCUAUAGGUACUUUUAGUGUUGUUCUUCGAUCAGACUUGGAAUUCGGGUUGUUUUUUUACUUUCAGUUAUCAAAAUGGAGAUCUUCAAGUUCGGAUUGGCUCAGUCAUCCAAAUGAAGCAAAGAUCUUUGAAUCUCAGUGGUGAAAAACGGCAGAGGCAAAUGCAGACUGUAGAGUGACUUUUGCAAUGACAGUGACUUAGUGAGUCUGACAGUGGAAUUGUUGAGAAAAAGUAAAAAAAAAAAAAAAAAAAAAGAAGCCUUUGCUUUUAGACUUUGGUAAUUAGUACCUUGCUUAAUUCGCAAGGCGUGGGUAUUUUCCUUUCUAAAGUUUGGUUUUUACUCGCUUAAUUGAUUGUUAGCAGUGUAUCACUUUCAUACUCAUUAUUUUUCACUAGGUUUUUUUUAUUAGUCAGUUUUGUUAGAAAUAUCAAGGAGAGAUUUGAACCCGUGACCUCUCUCUCCCUCCUUCUCCCUUCACUGCGUACACUAGUACUUGAGAACUUGCCAAGCAUUUUGAUUCCGGGUCC